CCCCCCUUCUCCCUCACCUGGCCUACGUUUGUCCUACUGGCGGCUGCAGAUAAGCGCCCGCUGGAAUAAGACGUCAUGGCUCUCAGUUUCUUUGGUGCCGGAGGCGCCAGUCAUGCGAAAUACUUCGAUAUCCGGCUAGAUGAAGACUACAUCGUAUUUCGCGGUGGAGAAGAAGAAGCUGCCAGUGCUCAUUUGAGCGGCAAGCUGCUUCUUUGUCUCUCUGAACCCCUCUCUAUCAAACACGUCCGACUUCACCUCACCGGCAUCUCUCGUGUCUGCUGGCACUUGCCUUCGACUACUGCUGGCGGCGGUAGAAAGUCAUGGAGGGAGAAGGUCUUUUACGAAAAGACGUGGCGAUUCAGAGAGGCGGGUAAAAGCAAAACCGAGGUUCUGCCGGCCGGUAACUACGAGUAUCCGUUCGACCUCGUCCUCGAGGGUUCAAUGCCUGAGAGUGUCGAGGGUCUGACCGACACAUAUGUCACAUAUCGCUUCAAGGCUGAGAUUGGGCGCAAGUACAUGAAAGACAUCAUUGUCCGCAGACCUCUCCGCAUCAUUCGCACCCUGGAGGCUAGUGCCCUCGAACUUUCUCAUGCUAUGUCGGUGGAGAAUGUAUGGCCCAACAAGAUUGAAUACUCGAUCAGCACCCCCACCAAGGCUGUUGUUUUUGGAACCUGCAUCCGCGUGGAUUUCAAGCUCAUUCCGCUGCUGAAGGGCCUCAAAAUCGGCCAGAUCGUUUCCCAGCUCAUUGAAAGUCACGAUUUGACGCUCAACCCGGAAGAUCCUGAUUCCAUUCGCAAUACCUACAAGAGCACCCGCACGAUUCUGAAUGAUGAGCAUGAAGUUGACGAAGAAAACGGCAUCGAUGUUAUCGACGAGAUGGCUGAAGGAUACCAAUUCACGCGCUAUCUGGACCUGCCGAAGACGCUCGCUCGCUGCUUGCAAGACACCGACACGCGCGGCAUCAAGAUCCGCCAUAAGCUCAAAUUCCGUGUACAGCUGCUCAACCCGGACGGUCACGUCAGCGAGCUCCGAGCGACCCUCCCCGUCUCGAUAUUUAUUUCGCCCAACCUCGCCAUCGACGAGAACAACAAUCUAGUCGAUCAAACUCCUCAGUCCGCACAGCGCGCGAUUAGCGAUAUUGCGCAGCAAGCUCCUCCUUUGUACGGCGAGCACCAGUUCGAUCAGCUCUACAGCGAACUUGACCCUUCCGGUUACCGGACACCCGGACCGGGAAGCGGCAGUCACACCCCCUUCGGAGCGCUCAGUCGCAACAUCUCCGUCGAGAAUCUGGCUUCGAUGAAUGCUUUGACGACCACCGAUAUUUCGGCGUCCGCUCUGCACAGUCGGCUGUCAAGCCUUCGUGCCAACCUACACAACCAUCCCUCGCCACCUGAUCACGAACAACAUUCGGACACCGAAACUCGCCGUCUUGGGGUUCCUCCCGAUUACUUCGGUCCCUCCUCCGGCUCGGGCUCCAAUUCCCACAGUCCCGGCAGUCCUGAGCUUUCCCGACGCCCCUCGGAUGAAGUCAUCGGUCACGAUCACAUUCACUCUGGCAUGGCUACGCCUUACCAUCCGCAGUAUGCCGAGGUCGAGACUCUCAGCCGUGUCCCCAGUUACUCCACUGCUGUUCGAAGCAGUGUGCGGCCCUGCGAUUCUGCGCUGCCGGAUUAUCAAGCGGUCAUUGCCGAGGACGUUGUCUCUACCGCUCCUCAGUCGCCCCAGCAGGCUUAUAUUCGCAGCCGUGGGAGCACCUCGUACUUGCCAUCUUUGGACUCGCUUCAUACUCGUACGGGCUUCCUUGGCUCUCGUUCUGCUCCCCACGACGACGAUGACCGCCGGCUGCGUCUUGUCCAGGCUCGCGCCCGGUAAACUUAACACGCACCUUCUUUGAUACUUCAUGAGACACGCACAAGCUACGAACCCGGGCAUAGCUGGCUUCGCCCUCUUAUUACAAAACAUACUACACCACCGCACAUAAUCAAUUCCACUCGGACGCGGGACGUCUAUCAACAUUGCAUUAAACUCUGGCUCAUGUCAAUGAAAUAUACACAAUGCGCAUGCCGUCUCUGAACUACCUUUGACAGUCGGGGACGGUUUUCUCAACGCAUGUUGCAUGGUUGGACUAGCGGGACAGGAUUGGAAGAUGGAAUCUGGCGUUUUUACAACAUAAUAGAAGGAAAUGGAACAUCAAGGAUAAGAGCUGGGCGUUUAUUUUCCUUUCUUUUUCUUUUUUUUUUUUCUUUUCCCAUAUGGAACUCUUCUCUCGAUCUUCAGAAGACCAUUACAUUACGAGCUACGGCCAUACUAGCAGUUUUCGCAGUGAUAUCUGCACAUCUGUAACUACCAAACCAAACACUAAAUCAC